AUGUAUGGUCGAUUUCGAGCGCGCUCUGUGCGCGAACAGCCGGAGGCGUCCUCCCGCGUGUCGGCCUCUUCAUCCCGAACGGGAAAAAGCUCUUCAGUGACUUCAGUUGAUACUGAAACUCGUCUGCGCCAUCGAUGGGUCUUUUUGACCUAUUCUCGAUGCUCCCUUGAGUCGAAAGACGAAUUCGAAGAACAUUUUAGCGGUAUGCUACAACGUAACCACGUGACGAUGGGGGCGACAUACUAUGGUUGUCGUGAGAACCACGAAACCGAAGGGCUACGAUACCACGUGUUGGUGAGACUUGAAAAGCAACCCAAUUGGAGUUGUGAGUUUAUGAAAUCCGCGUUUUCUUUGGAAGGCGUCGUAUAUGAUUGGUUUGGUAUUUCUAUUUCCCCGUCCAGGGCGGAGGUUCCGAUUUUCAUUGAAAAAUGUGUUUAUUCUAUGGAAAUGUCUGAGGCUGGCGAUUGCUUUGGCCAACGCCCUAUAUUGUCGGUGGAACGGUGGAAACUGCGGCAGCGUGUAUUUGAUGAAGGCAGAGUGGCAGGGUUGGAAGAGGUGUCUUCUGGAGAUUGUUCCAAUGAUGUUGAGUCACGACAUCAUGGUCCGGUCGUGUCGUCUUACGAUAAAAUGAGGGUUUCAUUUGUGGUACAAGACGUAUAA